AGCUUCAAACAGUUGGCAAUGGAUGGCUAGUGUUUGUUUGGUGGCCAGUAUUUACUACUGUACCCACCAAACCUCCUCCCCUUACAAAUUCCCAACCCCAAACACCAAACUAUUACUACAACCAUCCUCUCUCCACUCUUCUCUCACUUUCCAUUUCCAUACCAAUCCAUCCAAACAUCAUACAUACACUUGCUCAUCCACAGAGAUGGUGGGACCACAGAGGCCUCAGUUUGUUCUCUUUGGAUCCUCCAUUGUUCAGCUCAGUUUCAGCAAUGAUGGUUGGGGUUCCAUUCUCGCUGACAUCUACGCUCGUAAAGUGGACAUAGUGUUACGUGGAUACUAUGGUUGGAAUUCACGACGUGCUGUUCAGGUUCUUGAUCAAGUUUUUCCAAAGGAUGCAGCUACUCAGCCUUCUCUGGUGAUCGUUUACUUUGGUGGUAAUGAUUCAAUGGGGUCUCAUUCAUCUGGCCUGGGUCCUCAUGUUCCGCUUCCUGAAUAUAUUGAAAACAUGAGAAAGAUUGCACUUCAUCUCAAGAGCCUUUCAGACACAACACGUGUAAUUUUUCUUAGCUGUCCACCUGUCAACGAGGCCAAACUUAAAGAAAACACGAGUAAAUAUUUUAGUGAGCUAGUCCGAACAAAUGAAUUAUGCCGAAGUUAUUCAGAAGCCUGCAUAGAGUUGUGCCGGGAGAUGGGCAUGAAGGUUGUUGAUCUUUGGACUGCAUUUCAGAGACGAGAUGAUUGGUUAACUGCUUGCUUCACAGAUGGGGUUCAUUUAGCUGCUGGGGGAAGCAAAGUAGUUGUCGAGGAGAUACUCAAGGUGCUCAAGGAAGCAGAGUGGGAACCCUGUCUACACUGGAAGUCCAUGCCCACUGAAUUUAGUGAGGAUUCACCAUUUGACCUAGUUGCUUAUGACGGAAAAACAACUAUUAAUCCAUCGGAAUGGACCUAUCACAGGGAAAUUCAAUGGGACUAGAGGCUGCAGAGAAAUGUCUCCUGUGUGUGCUCCAUUUCUUGUACAGAAGGCCCUUCAUCAGAGGUUGAGGAAUUCUAAAAUGCAUGGUAAAUGCACGACGAUGAAAAGAUAUAUGUAAUAUAGGAAAUAGAAGAAGUGACCUGAGAAAUAUUUGGUACAAUUAUUCUUGCGACUGAAAAUCAUCAAUGAAGGGUGCCUUGGUAUCUGGUAAGUUUAUAUUCAUAUCCUGUUGACAUAAUUUAUAUAAGUAGAAGAUGAUAUUUUUUGCU